UGGAUCGUAUUUUAACCAGCACCAGAGCAUCACGAAAUCGAAGAACAAGACUCAACACUCAACACUCAACACUCAACACUCAGUCACUCAACAGUUAUGAAUUUUUGUUGCAGAGCUGCUUCUUCCUUUGCAAUCUUUCAUGGCGGAAAAGGUACUUUCUUUUCCCCUUUUCAAUUUCGUUUACGAAAUUACUCUCAUUUCUCCAAUACACGAGAUGCUGUUAAAGAAGAUCGUGAGUUGUUUCUCAAAUCAGUUAGAGAGCAUUGUAAAUUAGGGUUUUCAAAUCUCAAUUAUCCCCUUUCUCUCUUCCAUCAAUUGAUCUCUUUGCGUCCCCUUCCUUCUAUCAUUGUUUUCACUCAACUGUUUACUGCUAUGUCUAAAUUGAAACGCCUUCAACCUCACUCCACCCUCAUCUCUCUACUCAGAGAGCUAGAGUUAUCUGGUAUUCGACCCGAUAUGCAUACAUUGGGUAUUCUCACCAAUUGUUACUGCCAUUUGGGCCGUGUUGAUUUCGGCUUCUCUCUUCUCGCCAAAAGACUUAAGCUUGGUUACCCCUAUGAUGGUGAUUGUGUUAUCUUUACUACCUUAAUUAAUGGCUAUAUCCACUUUGGUAAGUUUCCUCAAGCUCUUCAAUUGCUAGAUCAAAUUGUUAAGCUAGGUUUCCAACCCGACAUUGCUACCUAUGGUGCUAUUUUCAAAGGCCUUUGUCGGAUUGGUGACAAUGCUGCUGCCCUCCACUUGCUCAGGAAGAUGCAAUGUAGUCCUUGUCAGCCUGGUCUUGUCAUAUAUAGCACCAUCAUUGAUAGUCUUUGUAAGGAUAGGCUGUUGAAAGAGGCCCUCGGCUUGUUCACCGCCAUGAAAAGUGAGGGCAUUAUACCUGACGUUAUCACUUAUACCUCCUUAAUUAGAGGUCUCUACAACUCCGGCUCCAAGGUCGAGGCUAGAUAUAUGCUGGCUGAGAUGUUGGAGUGUAAUGUAGCACCAGAUGUUCCCACCUUCAGCAUGCUGGUUGACAUGUUUUGCAAAGACGGGAAUGUUGAUGAAGCACAAGCUAUUCUAGACUACAUGAUUGAGAGAGGUGAGAUUCCAAAUGUCAUAACUUACAGUGCUUUACUCGAUGGAUAUUGUUUGCGUGGACAAAUGGAGGAUGCAGAAAAGCUACUUGAUUUGAUGGCCAAGAAUGGUUGUGAGCCUGAUAUUGUAAGUUUUAGCACUAUCAUUAAUGGAUAUUGCAAGGCUAGAAACAUUGACAAGGCACUCUACUUAUUCCAAGAAAUACUUCAAAAAGGAAUAAUGACACCUGAUGUUGUUACCUAUACCACUCUCAUCGAUGGACUAUGCAAAGUUAAUAGACUCCCACUUGCCAGUAAAUUGUUCAAGGAUAUGCAAGGUCAUGGAGUUACUCCUGAUAUUGUUACAUAUGCUUCAUUGCUUGACAGCUUAUGCAAAAAUGCGCUACUUGAUGAGGCAAUAGCAUUACUUGAAGAUAUGGAAUAUAAUGGUGUUAAGCCUGAUAUUGUCAUCUACAAUAUCCUAAUUGACAGUUUGUGUGAGGCUGGGCAACUUGAAGAUGCAACCAAUUUAUUCUCCGAUCUUGUAUUGAAGGGUCUACAGCCUGAUGUUAAAACAUACAACACAUUGAUCAAAGGUUUUUGCAAGAAAAGGCUCAUGAAUGAAGCUGUUGAAUUGUUGACAAUAAUGGAGGAAAUGGGUUAUUAUCCUAAUGAUCGUACCUAUAAUACAAUUAUCAGAGGAUAUAUUGUCAACAAUGACUUAUCAAAUGCAUUCUACUACUCUGACCUUAUGGUUAGCAAGGGAUAUGAAGCUGAAGCUGAUACUUUCUCGUUGUUUAUUGGCCUCUUGUCUUCUGAUAAUUUAAGUGACUCGGCAAAGGACCAGAUAAGGAAAUUCAUCAAAUGACUUGAAUAAAAACAGAACAGGAUAAUUAUGACUAAGUUUGGGAGAUAUGCAAGAUCUCAGUAUAGUUGAGAUGUUCCUCCAUGUUGUUUGUAAUGUCUUAAAGGAUACGAGUCACACGUUAGAUUACUUGUACUUUGGCUUGAGAUUUUGCUUUUAGUUUCUUUGUCUACUUCAUCUCAAGUCCCUGAUGACCAUCUUAUUUUAUGACUCGUAUUUCUGGCCCUUGGGCUGUUUGUUUCUUCAUUGUAUUAAGUUGGAUGUGUGCUGAUAAUAUAUGAUGUUUUGUUUCUAUCAUAGAAAAAGCUGAUGAAGCGUCCUUUCACUGUUUUGUCGAUUUCAGUUUCUCUCUUCUUGACAUAUCCAAGUUGGCUAUUUCCCUCAUUAUCAUGUUUACAACCUUAAUCAAUCGCUCUAUCCACAGUAAUGUCCUAUCUCCUAACUGAGAACAAACCCAUAUUAUAUUGAAUUUUUGAUUGAUCACCUCUGUUAAGUUUUCACUCAUCAGUUUGCAGUGUCUUAACCAACUAAUCUCUGGUCUGUCCCUUCCCGGUGUAGCUAUUAAAUUAUAUUGUUGCUGUUAAUAUUUUGUUUGAAAGAAGCUGAUCAUUUUGUUGACAACCGGUCAGUUACUGUUUGAUCUGGUGAUCGGAAAAAUUACGAAAAGCAUGUGACUCUUCCAAGUUCCAACCUGUGAUAAUCAUUAGAAAAGCGGAGUCAUGGUUAAUGGUACACACCUUAUGUGUAACAAAGAAGUAGAAUCAUUUGAACAGAUCAUUGACGAGAACAGGUGACGGGGAAGAUGAUGUGGUAACUUUUGACCAAACAAUGUGUUAUUGUUUUAGCACAGCAACCCGGAACAACAGCUCUCCAAUUUACCUCGUUUGUUAUUUGAUUGUUUUAGCCUGCCGCUCUGAAGCCUGUUUUGACAGGAAUUACAUUUAGUUGUUUUAGUGUGCCAUUAUUCGUGGAUAUAUUAGAAAUAGUGAAGUUUCCUAAAAACUGUUAUUAUGAUAAUGUACCUUUGUUUGGUUGUCAACUAUUAUGAAUUAUUUCGGUCGAAGGGGACAAAAGAAAUAUAAUGAUUUGUAUUAUUUGCAAAAUAUGAAUCACAACUAGAAAGUCUGUAAUCCAAAAUAAUGCUUCAGGUAUCAUAUAUUCCUCCUAAAGUUUUAAAGUUUCUAUUAUGGAGAAGUUCCUACAUUGUGGUUCUUGUUUACCAUAAUAACUUGGGAGCUGGGCCUUUUAUGAUGGUUUUCUGGUGUUCACUUUAUGUUUUAGCUCUCGCGUCAUUCCUGGUUAGCUCUUUUUUUCUUAAGCUGAUGUGAGGUCUCUGACAUCUGAUUAUGUUACCUUUGUUGCUGGUGCUUGGAUAUUCAUUACAUUCUAUUCAAGUAAGGAGAUUAGAUUUUGAAAUACUAUGUUUCUGAUAAUAUUUGAUUUCCAGUUUCAGCUGCUGAUAAUAUACCAACUUUUUUUGUUCAUACAGGUUUAUUGGAUGUCAGGUUUAUCAUGCAAACAACACUGGUUGUUAAUUUGGAUGUUAGAUUCAUAGAAACUAGCUGAUGCAAAUUCUCACCUGAAUUAAGUUCCGACGUACUCCACAUUCUUUGAACUUGAAAAACUUGUGCACUUCUGCUGAGGACGCAAAGUCCCAGUAGAUAUGUGAUGUAGAAUUGAGCUAACAAUUGGAUAUUUGGAAUAUAUGUCAAGAUUGUCGAGUCA